AUGGCUCCGACGGUUUCCGCCAGGCCUUCCACCACCGCCACUUCCCGCCACGUCGAGAAGCUCACCGCCGAGCUCGCCGCCAUCAACGAGGAGUCGAUCUCCUCGACCGACUUUGCCACCAGCGGCUAUGAGGAGGUAGAGCGCGCCACCGAGACCUCCUGGGCUGGCGCCCUGCCCGCCGCCCAGGGUCUCUACGACCCGGACAACGAGAAGGAUGCCUGCGGUGUCGGCUUCAUGUGCCAGAUCAAGGGCAAGCCCGCGCACAAGAUCGUGUCGGACGCCAAGCAGCUGCUCUGCAACAUGACUCACCGUGGCGCCGUCGGCGCCGACGCUCGCGACGGUGACGGUGCCGGUGUCAUGACGGGCAUCCCCGACCACUUCUUCCGCCGUGAGGCCGAGAGGGACGUUGGCUUCACCCUGCCGCCCCAGGGUCAGUACGCCGUGGGCAACCUCUUCUUUGACCCUACGAGCGAGCAGGCCUGGCGCAAGCAGGUCGACACCUUCACCGGCCUCGCCGAGAAGCUGCACCUGCGCGUGCUCGGCUGGCGUGAGGUGCCUGUCGACAACACCAUCCUCGGCCCCGCCUCGAGGUCUAAGGAGCCCAAGAUCCUCCAGCCCUUUGUCGUCCUCACGGACCACUACGGCACGGGCAAGGAGCCUCAGGCCACCGACAAGAAGUUCGACGACCAGUACUUUGGCCGCCAGCUCUAUGUGCUCCGCAAGCACGCCACGCACACCAUCGGCCUCGCCAACUGGUUCUACAUCUGCUCGCUCAGCCCGUCGAACAUCAUCUACAAGGGCCAGCUGAGCCCCGUCCAGGUUUACAACUACUACCACGACCUCAACAAUGCCCACUACGCGUCGCACUUUGCCCUCGUCCACUCGCGCUUCUCGACCAACACGUUCCCCUCGUGGGACCGCGCCCAGCCCAUGCGCUGGGCCGCCCACAACGGCGAGAUCAACACCGUCCGCGGCAACAAGAACUGGAUGCGCGCGCGUGAGGGUGUCCUCAAGUCCGAGACGUUCGGCGACGAGCUCGACAUGCUCUACCCCAUCAUCGAGAGCGGCGGCUCCGACUCGGCCGCGUUCGACAACGUCCUCGAGCUGCUGGUCAUCAACAACGUCCUCACCCUGCCCCAGGCCGUCAUGAUGAUGAUUCCCGAGGCGUGGCAGGGCGACGGUGACCGCAUGGACCCGGCCAAGACCGCCUUCUACCGCUGGGCCGCGUGCCUGAUGGAGCCUUGGGACGGUCCCGCGCUUUUCACCUUCGCCGACGGCAGAUACUGCGGUGCCAACCUCGACAGGAACGGUCUGCGACCCUGCCGAUACUACGUCACCGACGACGACAUCAUGAUCUGCGCCUCCGAGGUCGGAACCAUCUCGAUCGCGCCCGAGACGAUCCUCGAGAAGGGCCGGCUGCAGCCGGGCAAGAUGUUGCUCGUCGACACUGUCGAGGGCCGCAUCGUUGAGGACCGCGAGCUCAAGAUGACGACCGCCCAGAGCCGCGACUUUGCCGCCUGGAUCGAGAACCAGAUGCUCCGCCUGCCCGAGAUUGUGGACCGCGUGCGCCGCGAGACGGGCAACGCCAUCGCCCCUGUCCUCGACGACGAGCGUUUGAGCACCGACCCGCGCCUUAUGACGUUCGGCUACACGGCCGAGCAGAUCAACCUGCUCAUGCUGCCCAUGAUCAGCGACGGCAAGGAGGCGCUUGGAUCGAUGGGCAACGACGGAGCGCUUGCGUGCAUCUCGCCCAACGCCCGCCUCAUCUACGACUACUUCCGCCAGCUCUUCGCGCAGGUCACCAACCCGCCCAUUGACCCGAUCCGAGAGUCGAUUGUCAUGUCGCUUGAGCAGUACGUCGGUCCCGAGGGCAACCUCCUCGAGAUGAAGCCCGAGCAGUGCCACCGUCUGCUGCUGCCCUCGCCCAUCCUCACCAUCGACGAGAUGAACGCCAUCAAGCAGCUCGACACUGUCCACGCCGACUGGCCGUCCAAGACGAUCGACAUCACGUUCGACAAGGGCGCCGGCCUGACGGGCUACGAGGCUGCCCUCGACCGCGUCUGCAGCGAGACGUCGCAGGCCAUCCGCGAUGGCUACCGUGUCGUCAUCCUCUCGGACCGCGCCGUCAGCGCCGACCGCGUCAGCAUCAGCUCGCUCAUUGCCUGCGGCGGUGUCCACCACCACCUGAUCCGCAACAAGGAGCGCAGCAAGAUCGCCCUCAUGGUCGAGUCGGCCGAGGCUCGCGAGGUGCACCACAUGUGCGUCCUCGUCGGCUACGGUGCCGACGCCAUCUGCCCCUGGCUCGCCUUCGAGGCGAUGCUCAAGGUGUCGCGCGAGGGCCUGCUCAAGGCCGACCUCAGCCCCUCCCAGAUCGUCGACAACUGGAGGCACGCCAUCGACAAGGGCAUCCUCAAGGUCAUGUCCAAGAUGGGUAUCUCGACGCUCGCCUCGUACAAGGGCGCCCAGAUCUUUGAGGCGCUCGGCCUCGACAACAGCGUCAUCGAGCGCUGCUUUGCCGGCACCGCGUCGCGCAUCAGCGGUUCAACGUUCGAGCUGCUCGCCAUGGACGCCCUCGAGCUCCACGACCGCGGCUUCCCGUCGCGCGAGACGGUCACCAUCCCCGGCCUGCCCGAGAGUGGAGAGUUCCACUACCGCCACGGCGGUGAGGCGCACAUCAACAACCCCGUCACCAUCGCCAACCUGCAGGACGCCGCGCGCGAGAAGAACCAGUCGGCCUGGGACACGUACUCCAAGGCUUCGCACGACGCCGUCAAGGGCACUUCGCUCCGCGGCAUGCUCGACUUCGACUUCACCAAGUCGCGACCCAUCCCCGUCGACCAGGUCGAGCCGUGGACCGAGAUCGUCCAGCGCUUCUGUACGGGCGCCAUGUCGUACGGUUCCAUCUCGAUGGAGGCCCACUCGGCUCUCGCCAUUGCCAUGAACCGCCUCGGAGGCCGCUCCAACACCGGUGAGGGUGGCGAGGACCCUGAGCGCUCCAUCCCGCUGCCCAACGGCGACUCGCUCCGAUCCAAGAUCAAGCAGAUCGCCUCGGGCCGCUUCGGCGUCACCAGCAACUACCUCGCCGACUCGGACGAGCUGCAGAUCAAGAUGGCCCAGGGCGCGAAGCCUGGUGAGGGUGGUGAGCUCCCCGGCCACAAGGUGUCUCCCUCGAUUGCGCGCACGCGUCACUCGACUGCCGGUGUCGGCCUCAUCAGCCCUCCGCCGCACCACGACAUCUACUCGAUCGAGGACCUCAAGCAGCUGAUCUACGACCUCAAGUGCGCCAACCCGCGCGCCAACGUGUCGGUCAAGCUCGUCUCCGAGGUCGGCGUCGGUGUCGUCGCGUCCGGUGUGGCCAAGGCCAAGGCCGACCACCUCGUCAUCUCGGGCCACGACGGAGGCACCGGUGCCGCCGUCUGGACCGGUAUCAAGCAGACCGGUCUGCCGUGGGAGCUCGGCCUGGCCGAGGCCCACCAGACGCUGGUGCUCAAUGACCUGCGUGGCCGUGUCAUCGUCCAGACCGACGGUCAGCUGCGUACCGGCCGCGACGUUGCCAUCGCCUGUCUGCUUGGCGCCGAGGAGUGGGGCUUCGCCACCACGCCCCUGAUCGCCAUGGGAUGCCUGAUGCUGCGAAAGUGCCACCUGAACACGUGCGCCGUCGGCAUCGCCACCCAGGACCCGCAGCUGCGCGAGAAGUUCGCCGGCCAGCCCGAGCACGUCAUCAACUUCUUCUUCUAUCUCGCCGAGGAGCUGCGCGCCAUCAUGGCCAAGCUCGGCCUGCGCACCAUCAAUGAGAUGGUGGGCCGCGCCGACCUGCUCAAGGUCGACGACAGCCUCCGCACGCCCAAGACCCGCCACCUCGACCUGUCGGCGCUGCUCAAGCCGGCCCACCAGAUGCGCCCCGGUGCCGCCACCUACAAGGUGCGCAAGCAGGACCACAAGCUCUAUGUGCGCCUCGACAACAAGCUCAUCGACGAGGCGGAGCCGGCGCUCACCGAGGGCCUGCCCGUCAUCAUCGACUGUGACGUCGUCAACACCGACCGCGCGCUCGGCACCACGCUGUCGUACCGCGUGUCGAAGCUUUACGGCGAGGAGGGCCUGCCCGCCGACCUGAUCCACGUCAACGCCAAGGGCUCGGCCGGUCAGUCGUGCGGCGCGUUCCUUGCCCCCGGUAUCACCAUCGAGCUCGAGGGUGACCUCAACGACGGCGGAGGAAAGGGCCUCUCGGGUGGUCGCCUGAUCGUCUACCCGCCCAAGAACUCGGUCUUCAAGGCCGAGGAGCAGAUCAUCGCGGGCAACGUCUGCCUCUACGGCGCCACCAGCGGCCACGCCUACUUCCGCGGCAUCGCUGCCGAGCGUUUCGCUGUCAGGAACUCGGGCGCCCACGCCGUCGUCGAGGGAACCGGCGAUCACGCCCUCGAGUACAUGACUGGCGGCCGCGUCGUCAUCCUCGGCUCCACCGGCCGCAACGUCGCCGCCGGCAUGAGCGGCGGCAUCGCUUACGUGCUCGACAUGAACCGCGACUUUGCCAGCAAGUGCAACCUUGGCACCGUCGAGCUCGGGCCCGUCAAGGAGCCCCACGACAUCGCCGAGCUGCGCAACCUCAUCGAGAACCACAAGCACUACACGGGCUCCACGGUGGCCGAGCACGUCCUGCGCGAGUUCCACCACCUGCUGCCGCGCUUCGUCCGCGUCAUGCCCGUCGACUACAAGCGCGUCCUCGAGGAGGAGGCCGCCCGCGCCGCCGCCGAGAAGAAGCGCUCGAGCCACGUCGACCUGCUCGGCACCCUCUCGCGCCACGGCAGCCAGGUCGACGUCUCGGUCGUCGACGACCAGCCCAAGGACAACGUCGUCGACAACGUCCGCGAGGUGCCCGCCGCCAAGCCGGCCAAGCACGCCGAGCCGGCGCUCGUCGACCUCGAGGACUCGAUGGUCGACGAGGAGACGGCCAAGGCCCGCCUCGAGAAGGUCGACAAGGUGCGCGGCUUCAUGAAGUACAAGCGCCUCGGCGAGCACUACCGCGCUCCCGGCAAGCGCAUCAAGGACUACAAGGAGCUCUCGGUCCGCCUGACCGAGUCCGAGCUCAAGUACCAGACGGCCCGCUGCAUGGACUGCGGCGUCCCCUUCUGCCAGGGCGACACGGGCUGCCCCAUCAGCAACAUCAUCCCGCAGUGGAACUCGAUGGUGUUUAACUCGGACUGGCGCGCCGCCCUCGACCGCCUGCUGAUGACCAACAACUUCCCCGAGUUCACCGGCCGCGUCUGCCCCGCUCCCUGCGAGGGCGCCUGCACUCUCGGCGUCAUCGAGCAGCCCGUCGGCAUCAAGACGAUCGAGUGCGCCAUCAUCGACAAGGGCUUCGAGGAGGGCUGGAUGGUGCCGCGCCCGCCCAAGGUGCGCACGGGCAAGACGGUCGCCAUCAUCGGCUCCGGCCCCGCCGGCCUGGCGUGCGCUGACCAGCUCAACAAGGCUGGCCACUCGGUCACCGUCUACGAGCGCGCCGACCGCAUCGGCGGCCUGCUCAUGUACGGCAUCCCCAAUAUGAAGCUCGACAAGGGCGUCGUCCAGCGCCGCGUCGACCUCAUGGCCGCCGAGGGCGUCAACUUUGUCACCAGCGCCCACGUCGGCAAGGACGUCGACCCGCGCCAGCUUCACGCCCAGAACGACGCCCUCGUCUACGCCGUCGGCGCCACCUGGCCGCGCGACCUCAAGGUGCCCGGCCGCGAGGCCGACGGCGUCCACUUUGCCAUGGACUUCCUCGCGCCCAACACCAAGUCGCUCCUCGACUCGGGCCUUGCCGACGGCCACUACCUCAGCGCCAAGGGCAAGGACGUGAUCGUGAUUGGUGGCGGUGAUACUGGCUGCGAUGCGCAGGCCACGGCCCUGCGACACGGCGCCAAGAGCAUCGUCAACUUUGAGCUGCUGCCGCAGCCGCCCAACGAGCGCGCCCGCGGCAACCCCUGGCCGCAGUUCCCGCGCGUCUUCAAGGUCGACUACGGCCAUGCCGAGGUGGCCGCCCAGUGGGGCAGCGACCCGCGCGAGUACUGCAUCUCGACGACGUCGUUUGAGAAGGACGAGAGCGGCAAGCUGGUGGCGCUCAACACGAUCAAGGUCAACUGGGAGCUCGACGCGUCGGGCAAGUGGCAGAUGAACAAGGUGCCCGGCUCCGAGAAGCGCUGGCCUUGCGACCUGUGCCUGCUGUCGCUGGGCUUCCUGGGCCCGGAGAACGACGCCGUAUCGGCGCUCGGCCUCGAGCAGGACGGCCGCUCCAACAUCAAGGCCGACGACCUCAAGGGCAAGUCGCCCUACCGCACCAACGUCGAGCGCGUCUACACGGCCGGCGACUGCCGCCGCGGCCAGUCGCUCAUUGUCUGGGGCAUCCAGGAGGGCCGCUCGGCCGCCGCCCAGGUUGAUCGCGACUUGAUGGGCAACACGCGCCUCGCCUGGGCCGGCUCGAUCAAGAAGCGCGAGUUCCUGCCCACCAAGGCCGAGCAGACCAAGGUGGCCGCCACCGCCUAA